AUGGCAGCCAACUACUCCACAAGUCCAUCUGGUAUCUCAAUGAUCGCGAUGCAUUUGAAUACUCGUGGCACGAGGCUUUUUCGAAAAUUGAUAUCCCCAGUGCGAUCAUAUGGGGCGAUGAAGAUGCAGUUGCUCCUGCAAUUAUUGGAGAAACAAUUCAGGCGAUUCUCCCGGGAUCGAUUUAUCGCCAUAAAGACGGAGUGGGUCAUUUCCUUAUGCUGGAAGAUCCAGAUUUCUGGACAAAAUCUGUUCUCGAGUUAA